AAUUGCUCACUAUAACUUUGAUUUCUCACGCACCCUCAAGCUAGAGUUCUGUUGACUCUGUCCCCCUGGGAUUUCUAGUAUUGUUCUACUCGAACUGGUCAUCUAUUUCUAGCUGGGUUAACGUGUUAGUUUGUAUUGGGCUUCCUUUGCUCCUACCAUAGCAGCGCUAGACCUUAAUGUUCUCUAUAUCUCAUUAAAUUCGACAAAACACAAGACGUCCGAUCCCUAUAAGAAUAACAGCACGUAAAGUUCUACUCUCUGAUAUAUGAAUGCCAGUUUGACCCCUCUCGAAGGCCUAGAUAACAAUACCUCAUGCGACACGGCUCGAAGACUUUCUUCACCUGAACUCGACAACACAGCGGUGUCAAAAGCGAGGGGCGAGGGACUCUGUGGGUUUGACGAAGACUAUUGGUCUGUCGGUUCUAGGGCAAAGAAGGUAGUGAAAUUGCAGGCAUAUUUCCGCCGACUGCUUGCAUGCCACCAUUACCUCUUAAUUUCCAAGCUCCAACAAAAGAGGGCGUGUGUUUUUGCAGAAAUUUGGCACUCCGAGACGACUUAUUUGGAGGGGCUGAUGUGCUUGCUGCAGUUUUUCUACUAUCCACUGAUUAAGCAGUCAACUCAGCCGAACCGCGUUGCGACGUUUGAGCAGACCAAUUUUUUGUUCGGGAACUUGAUGGAGCUGAUCGGGGCGUCCAAGUCGAUGGUGUCUCAGUUCGCGCGCGCGUUGUCCGGCUUCAAUUCGUCGACUAGGGUCGGGCACAUCUUCAUAGACAACUACGACAUUUUGGUCAAGACGUUUACGGCUUACGUGGAUACGUUCGAGGAGGCCAAUAAUCUUUUUCAGACGUUGAGGAAAAACGACAAUUUCAAAUCUUGGUUGCAGAAUAUCGAGUACAAACAGUGCGACUUGAGUUUUGAAUCGUACUUGGUCAUGCCUAUCCAGCGCGUGACGAGGUAUGUCAUGUUGGUGAAGGAGCUCGUUCGCCAGACUUGGGUGGAUCACAAUGACUACGACACGUUGGUGCAGGCGUUGGGGGCGUUGGAGAUGAUGGCGAGACAUGUAAAUGAACACAAACAAAAGCUGAUUAACGAGCACAAGGUCAAGUCGACGUUGGAUCACAUUGUAGGACUGCCUCCUCUGGAGAGCAACGUGGACCGUUUAUACAUCACGGAGGGUGCUGUGACAGACUUGCAAAACGACAUUCCGGUGAUGCAUUACAUUUUCUUGUUCAGCGACGUGAUGAUUUGGACUCAGCUCGUUAACAAAAAAAAGUUCGUUUUUCGAAAGCUGAAUUGGCUGAAGGAGACGACGGCUGAGAGUGGCGUGAUGACGAGCUUCUCUAUCACUACGAAGGACUGGUCCACGACCGUGUUUACGAAGACCAAGGAAGAGCAAAAUAAGUGGCUAGCUUACUUAGAAAAUGACAACUUCAUUCCACCUUCUCAGGCGCCCAAGCUAAGGCGUCCGGACAUCGUCUUUUUGGACAAGGGUUGCAUGAAUCACGAAAAGCCCAAGAGCAUCGCUCGAAGAAAGGCUGAGGUAGGACUUGCUAAGACACUGAAGAAUACCAGCUUAAAUCCCCCAAGCCGCGUUUCUCCGUCUGAACAAAAUCACGAGAAAUCGUUCGUUCUCAGCGCGAUCAACCUAUUCGAGGGCAGCUUGAAAUUGAACGCGUCUUAUUCCGAGACCCAGUCGUCGACCGAGACGAAGGAGCAUCGCCGAGUUCCGAAAAACAAUCCGCACACAGGAGGGUAUUCUACCCUGAACUUCGAGCAGCUGUUCUCGAGUUCCUCCGACAAGCGCUCGCAACACAAGAAGAAGAAAGAAAAAAAGCGCUCCAAGCAAGAAAAAAAACCGAUUUUGCCCGGGGAUCUUUUAUCUGAACUCAGGCAUGCGAACGCGCUCGAGGGAGAAGAGAAGCAAAGAUAUUUGCGUAAGCUAACUGAGGAAAAGGACCUUCCGCCGAAAAUCGGGUCGUCGAGUACCCAGGAAUUGACAAGAGACGCCGUUGAUAAAGGGGUAUCUAGUCCGACCUUAAAGACGUCAAAGAACGGCGUUGUGUAUAACACCAUCAACCUAACACAGGUGCAGUCCAAGAGGCCUCAAUCGGAUAGGUCCAAGAAGGAUGGAGGGAGUGGGAGCUUGAGGGGCUUUCUGAGGUCGCACAAAAAAGACAAGGGGGUGGUUUUGGAUAAGCCAGAGACAGGGUGAAAAGCUGCGAGAACAUGUAAAAAGGCUCUUCGCCAGAGGGGAAAAAAAAACGAAGCAACCCAUAAUAUUUUUUUUUUAGAUUGAGACAACUAUUUAAGCGAAGACGAGACUGUUCUCAUCAUGGUAGCAACGCUGGCAGUGGGGGAAGCGUGCCUUUUUCGAAGCGUUCGCCCCUCAUCGCGGGGGCGGUCGCGUUGUGUGUUCUGGGGAGUAUUUCGCGUAUUUCCUCGAACAUGCGCGUGAGGUUCUAGACGACUUCCCGUCAGCUCACGUCACGUUCCUACCUAUACAGACCCGACGUUUUUGCAGUUUCGAAUUUUUUUAAUGUUCGUAGUGUAGGAGCGGAUGUCGGCACUGAUAUUCCUAACGCUCAACCGAGUGGCUCUUGCUACGAUGAAGAGUGGGCCAAAA